GUCACGUGCUCUGCCCCCCGCCCGCCAGGGCCUGCGCGCUUCCCCCCCUACGUGUGAGGGCUGCGCGCAUGCGCAGUCAGCAGCUGUCAUCGGCGCCGGCGGCGGGGUGUCCCGCAGGCACUGGGAAGCGAAGCCCCGAGAGGACCGAGGAGACGGCGGGGAGUGGCCCCGGCCUGCGAUGCCGCCGCUCCCCUUCCCACUCGCCUUCCUCUGACUGCAGCUGCCCGCUUAGCCCUCUCCCGGACAGCUGGAUUGAAUGUGAACCACAAUGGCUGCUGUCAUCUCAGAUAGUCCUCCAAACCCAAGCUGCAAAAUCAUGACUUUUAGGCCUUCGAUGGAUGAAUUCAGGGAGUUCAACAAAUACUUGGCAUACAUGGAAUCACAAGGUGCUCAUAGGGCUGGAGUUGCAAAGGUUAUCCCACCGAAGGAGUGGAAACCAAGAAAACAUUAUAAUGAUAUUGAAGAAUUGGUGAUUCCGGCUCCAAUUCAGCAAAUUGUCACUGGCCAGGCAGGACUUUUCACACAGUACAACAUUCAGAAAAAGCCAAUGACAGUGAAGGAGUUCAAGCAGCUGGCCAACAGUGACAAAUACUGCACCCCAAGAUACAUAGAUUAUGAAGAUCUGGAGCGUAAAUACUGGAAGAACUUGACUUUUGUGGCACCAAUUUAUGGAGCAGAUAUCAGUGGGAGCAUUUAUGAUGAAGGUAUUGAGGAAUGGAAUAUUGCCCAUCUUAAUACAAUAUUGGAUGUUGUAGAAGAAGACUGUGGAAUUUCUAUUGAGGGUGUAAAUACGCCAUAUCUAUAUUUUGGCAUGUGGAAAACAACGUUUGCAUGGCACACUGAAGACAUGGAUCUCUACAGUAUUAAUUAUGUCCAUUUUGGGGAGCCAAAGUCAUGGUAUGCUGUUCCUCCAGAGCAUGGGAAACGCCUUGAAAGACUAGCUCAAGGGUUCUUCCCAAGCAGCUCUCAAGGAUGUGAUGCUUUUCUUCGUCACAAGAUGACUCUGAUUUCUCCAUCAGUAUUGAAAAAGUAUGGAAUUCCUUUCGACAAGGUUACACAAGAGGCAGGAGAAUUUGUGAUCACUUUCCCAUACGGAUACCAUGCAGGAUUCAACCAUGGUUUUAACUGUGCAGAGUCAACAAACUUUGCUACCGUCAGAUGGAUUGAUUAUGGAAAAGCAGCAAAGCUGUGCACUUGUAUGAAAGACAUGGUGACGAUAUCUAUGGACAUCUUUGUGAGGAAGUUUCAACCAGACAGAUACCAGCUGUGGAAACAGGGGAAGGAUUUGUACACCAUUGAUCAUACAAAACCAACUCCUGAAUCAACACCUGAAUUAAAGACCUGGCUACAGAGAAGAAGGAAAGCAAAGAAGUUUCCCCAGUGCUUCCAGCAUACCAGAUCUCGAUCUAAAAAGCUUAAAACUCCAGAGGACAAGAGAGUAUCUGCUGUGGUAGCUGGUGCAGAAAUCAUAGUGACUGAAGCAACUACUGAUGGUUCCAAGGUCAGUGAAGAACCUGGGAAAAAAGUGAGACUGGUAAACACAGGAUUGCCUUCUGGGGAAGAAGAAAACAGCAGCAGAAUGCAGCUGGAUCAACAUUUAUUGGAUAAUGUCAAGGUUGCAGGAAACAUCCAUUCAGACUCGUUUUCGGGCUCUUUUCCUGUACUGGAGAAAACAAAACUGGAAGAUGAGGACAGGACAGAUUCCAGUCAUCCUCUGUCUAUAUUUGAAGAUUCUGUGGUGUGCGUGCCCACUUCUGAUACCUAUAGAAAAGAAGAGAGUUUGAAAUCUCCAGAUCCACCUGUUUCAUCUAUACCAUACCAUAAGUCAGAGGGACAAGCUUCUGAAGCAGAAAACUCAGAUAAAGAGGAAAAUGUCUUGAUAGAGGAUGAUGUCAGUGGCCUAGAAAGCUGUGGAAGUAGCUUGGAACAUGGAGAAGUGCCUGCUGUAAAAAAGGAUGAAGUUGAUGGCAAGGAAACAUCCAGUUUAGCAGAAGUUGAAAGAAAGCAAAUGUCUAAGAGUUGGCGUCAUCCACUAAAUAAACCCCCAGCUAGGUCUCCAAUGACUUUGGUUAAACAGCAAGCAGCUAGUGAUGAAGAACUGCCUGAGACUACCUUAAUUGAAGAGGAAGUUCAAGAGACAGAGAUGUGGGCCAGGCCUCUGGUCUACCUUUGGCACACAAGAGUACCCAAUUUCAAUGCUGAAAAAACAUACAAUGCAGCUUGUGCAAAGAAGGAACCACACUGUGCCAUUUGCACUCUUCUCAUGCCAUACUACAAGCCAGACAAUCAUGAUGAAGAAAAUCCUGCUUUCAGGGAAUCAAACUCAGCAGAAACACUGAUGGCUGAAAAUGAAAAGACUAAACCUCUUAUUCCAGAGUUGUGUUUCAUUUAUAGUGAAGAAAACACUGAAAACUAUCCAUCAAAUGCCUUUAUUGAAGAAGAUGGAACAAGUCUUCUGAUUUCCUGUGCAAAGUGUUGUGUACGGGUUCAUGCAAGUUGCUACGGUGUUCCUUCUCAUGACAUCCAUAAUGGAUGGUUGUGUUCUCGAUGCAGAAAAGAAGCCUGGACAGCCGAGUGUUGUCUCUGCAAUUUGAGAGGUGGUGCAUUAAAGCAAACUACUGACAAGAAGUGGGCACAUGUAAUAUGUGCAAUUGCCAUCCCAGAAGUCAAAUUUGGUAAUGUCGCAGAACGAACUCCGAUAGACACUACCAGAAUACCUUUGCAAAGAUUAAAAUUGAAAUGUAUGUUCUGUAGACAGAAAAUUAAGAAAAUCUCUGGUGCCUGCAUUCAGUGUUCGUAUGGACGCUGCCCAGCCUCCUUCCACGUUACCUGUGCCCAUGCUGCAGGAGUGCUGAUGGAACCUGAUGACUGGCCAUAUGUUGUCUACAUCACAUGUUUCAGGCACAAGACCAAACAAAAUGUGAGAGCUAAAGCAUGUGAGAAGACCAUUACAGUUGGGCAGACAGUCAUCACGAAACAUAAGAAUACACGAUACUAUAGUUGCAGAGUCAUAGGAGUGACAUCCCAACUUUUCUAUGAAGUCAUGUUUGAUGAUGGCUCUUUUAGUCUGGAUACUUUUCCUGAAGACAUUGUAAGCAGAGAUUGCCUAAGGCUGGGCCCACCUGCAGAAGGAGAGGUCGUCCAAGUCAAAUGGCCUGAUGGAAAACUGUACAGUGCAAAGUAUCUGGGAACAAACACAGCUCACAUGUAUCAGGUUGAGUUUGAAGAUGGUUCUGAAAUAGUAAUGAAGAGAGAAGAGAUCUAUACACUAGAUGAAGAGCUUCCUAAGAGAGUAAAAGCACGAUAUUCUACAGCCUCUGUCAUGAGAUUUGAAGACACAUUUUGUGGAGCAGAUACUAUCUUGGGAGAGAAGAAGAGGCAGAGAGUAUUGAGUUCCCGCUUUAAGAAUGAAUAUGUGGAUGAUCCAGGAUACCGCACCUUCUUAAAAAGCUCAUUCCAGAAGAAAUACCAGGAAGGGCUAUAAAGGAAGCAAGAGAUGGAGGGGGAUGUUGAUAAAAAAGCAUGCAGGAUUAUUUGCAAUUGGUUUUGGUUUAAUUGAACACUCACUUUUACAAUGAACUAAUCCAUACACCGACCUCAUAAACUGAAGUACUUGACUUCUGAUUUCUCCAGUUAAUGUACUAAAGAUUUUGUAAUGUUUUGAAAUAUGAAACUAAGGGGGAAACAAAUGAGGGUAAGAGGGAUUACACAGUGAUAUGCUGAACAAAACUUUCAGUCUUGCUUGCAUUGAAAUAAGUGGUAAAAUGCCCUUUGUAUUAUGAGAGAAGAUUCACAUUCAGAAGGGGAAUCUUAGUGAACAGAGAUAAUCUCAGUGACUCAUUUUUUUUCUGCAGACAGGAAAGGAUGUUAAGUUUAAUAAUUGUUAAGUUCAAUAAUAGCAGUUUUUAUAAAACAUUUUUAAAAGAGAUGCAAAUAUGUACAGUAUUAAACAAAAGCUGUACUUAAAUUUGUGCAGUGCUUUUACAUUUUUAUGUCACUGCUGCUUUCAAUAGGGUUUGAUGUGGACUCAGCUGUUGACUUAGGUAUUUUUGGCUUUUAAGAGCGAUACCUUCUGUGCAGCAAAGGUAUUUUGUAUAUUUAGAGGGACAGAUUUUGGCAGUUAUUUAUAAACAAGGUUUUAAAAAGAUCUAUUAAAAGUACCUAUUUGUAAAAUACAAUUUCCUUUCAUUAUGUGUAAAAAAAAAAUAGAGUUUAAAUAUAUAUGCUUAAUAGCCUAGUUUUGAAUGAAUAUAUUAUGGUCUUCCUGUUAAAAUAAUAUUCUAUCAAUGUAACAAUGUUUUAAAACAAACAAAUGAACAAACAAACAAACAAGUACUGUCCUUUUACUAGCAGCAUUUUCUCUGUUGAUGUGAUUUUCAAUCCCAUUAUUUUAUACCUAUAGAAAUCAAGAAACCUCACUUUAUGCAAUAUGCGUGUAGUUUCCUGAACACAACAGACUAUACAUACAGACACUCAGAUGGCUUGGUGUUAAAAUGCGAACCUGAUAAAGACCAUACUUUCAUUUCUUGUCUAUUUCCCUUCAGUCUUUGGGAUCCUGACCUUUUUGGAUGUUUCACAGAAAGAAGAAAGCCUGAAUUUGUCUGAACGCUUGGGUAUGUGAAACUAGGCGGGCGCUUUAUCAAAAUGACAUCAUCAGUUUCUUCUAAAUUGGACCAUCAGCAGGAUUUCUGACUGUCUGCCACAGGAAAAAGAACCCUCUCAAAAUCCAAUCUAAAUCUGAGCACUGCUGUUUCCAGGGUUCUGCUUGCAAUAAAAACCUGAGUAUAUGGACCCAGAUAAUUUUUUGUGAGAAGCCCUGUCCUUUAUAUGCUGAAACACACAGAUCUUUGUUUCACUGUAGCCCUGGCAUGAUUAUUCUUAUUUUUUUUUGAACGGACUGUGAAAUCUUUUCAUUUACUAUGUGUCACCUCAAUUGGCAAUUUUUCUGUUUUGCAUUAACUAUCUUUUCUUGUACCAUGAAAUCACUCAGAAUCCCUUUAGUCUAAGAAACUGCUUAGCUGUGACAAUUGGAAUGUAUUUCUAAUUGACAAUACUUUCUCUAGAGGUAGUGGGUUGUACUGGGUACUGCCUAGCAUAUUUCAGAAUAUCAGCGCUCUUUCUGCUAUUGUAAAGGAAAAAUAAAAACUAAUGAUGUAUUUGCAAAAUGCAAGAUUCCUGUUGCCUUCUAGAGUUUAUUGAUGCUUCGUUUCAGAAUGAUGUUGUAGCAUAAGGGUGCUUUUGUGAUCCACCAUGAAGGUUUAAAACAGCUAUGACGUUAUUAAUUAGCUAAAUACAUAUACAUAUAUUUUGUAAUUAAAGAGAUGAUGCUAUGUGGUAUUACAGAGGCUAGAGAUUGAAUGUAUGUUCUUGGAUCAGUUAUGACACUGUGAAUAAACUGUGUCUUCUCU